AUGGAUUCAUCAAAAGAAGAAGAUUAUAGAAAAAGAAUUCGAGUUCUAAUGUUUCCAUGGUUAGCUCAUGGACAUAUAUCUCCAUUCUUAGAACUAGCUAAAAGACUUUCUUCAAAGAACUUCUACAUUUAUUUUUGUUCUACACCCAUAAAUCUAUCUUCCAUAGAACACCAACUCAUCGAUCGUGACCGCAAUCAAACAAGGUCGAUCGAAAUAGUAGAACUUAGUCUUCCUUCACUUCCAAAUUUUCCACCUCAUUACCAUACAACAAAAUCACUCCCACACCAUCUGAUGUCAACUUUGAAAAAAGCCUUAGAUUUAUCAUCACCAUCUUUCAAUAACCUUCUUUGUACCAUCCAACCGGACAUACUUAUAUACGACUUCAUACAACCAUGGGCUCCAACUCAAGCUUCUCACUUAAACAUCCCGGCAAUUCAGUUGUUAACAACUGGUGCAGCUUUUACUUCUUUCUUUGCUCACCUCGUUAAGAAACACCCAGACACCAAGUUCCCAUUUCCUUCGAUUUUUCUCUAUGAUCACGAAGAACGUAAAGUUACCAAGGAAAGUUCUUUUUCCGACGACAGUGAAGAUAGAGAACGCGUCUUUCAAUGUAUCGACAGAUCAACUGACAUAGUUUUGAUCAAUACUUUUAAAGAGAUUGAAGAAAAAUAUUUGGAUUAUCUCUCGUCUACAAUAGGAAAAGAGUUGGUACCAGUAGGACCUCUUCUUCAAAACCCUACUAAUAGUACUGGUUGCGAUCAUGAGCAAGAAAACAAGUAUAGAGAAUUGCUUGUUAACAAAGAGAAUUCUUCAGUGGUAUUUGUUUCAUUUGGUACGGAGUAUUUCAUGUCAAAAGCAGAGAUACAAGAAGUUGCUUAUGGGUUAGAGCUCAGCGAAGUGAACUUCAUAUGGGUUAUCAGGUUUCCUGGUGAUCAUAAGGAACGGGAUGGUAUAGGUCAAGCCUUGCCAAAAGGAUUUAUGGAGAGGAUUGCUGAGAAAGGAUUAGUUGUAGAAAAUUGGGCGCCUCAAGAAAAAUUAUUAGGGAGUGGUAAAAUUGGUGGAUUUGUCAGUCAUUGUGGAUGGAAUUCGGUGUUGGAGAGUAUGAAAUAUGGUGUUCCAAUAAUAGCCAUGCCACUGCAUCUUGAUCAACCAAUAAAUGCAAGAUUGGUGGUGGAGAUUGGCUUAGGAGUUGAGGUUAAGAGGGAUGCAGAUGGGAAGUUGGAUAGAAGAGAGAUUGGAGAAGUGAUUAGAAAGGUAGUGAUGGGAAAAGAAGGACAGGAAGUACAAGGGAAAGCCAAAGAAAUGAGUCACAAAAUGAGAUGCAAGGGAGAUGAAGAUAUUGAUGUGUUGGCGGAGAAAUUAAGGCUUUGUAACAAAGAAAGAAUACCAAAACAACAGUGA